AGGGGAAGCGCCAUGAGCAGCCCAAUCCUUAACACCAAGUUUUGACUAAUCUGUUAUCUUUACAUUCUUUUAAUUAAUUAUUUCCUCAGUUAAUCGUGUACCAUUUGACCUCUUGUCUAUCGGGUCCACUUGUGCACACUUCUAUUUCUAUGUGUACGCGUGUCUAGUCUGUUAUUUUUUUUAUCAUCUUUAUAACGAAUGAACAGGUGGCGCAUGAUGGAGGCUAAAUCGGCUUCAUCUGACAUUAUGAUUAUCCAUGGAAACUCGCAUCCAGAGUUGGCAAAUUUAAUAGCGAGUCGACUUGGAGUGAAAACUGGAGGAUGCAGUGUGGCUCACAAAACGAACAGGGAAACGAUGGUUGAGAUUGCAGAUUCUGUAAGGGGGAAAGAUAUUUACAUCAUUCAAACAGGGACUAAAGAUGUUAAUAACAACAUAAUGGAACUUCUGAUUAUGGCAUAUGCGUGUAAAACAUCAUCGGCCAGAAAUAUUGUUGCUGUUAUUCCAUAUUUGCCCUAUAGCAAGCAAUGUAAAAUGCGCAAAAGAGGAUGCAUUGUGACAAAACUUUUAGCAAAAAUGAUGUGUAAUUCAGGAUUGACCCAUGUCAUUACAAUGGAUUUGCACCAAAAAGAAAUUCAAGGGUUUUUCGAUUGUCCAGUCGACAAUUUAAGAGCUUCUCCAUUUUUACUGCAAUAUAUCCAGGAAUGCAUACCUGAUUACAGAAAUGCGGUAAUAGUCGCUCGAAACCCAGGCUCAGCCAAUAAAGCUACAUCAUAUGCUGAAAGGCUGCGAUUAGGAAUUGCGGUUUUGCACGGUGAACAGAAAGAAGCCGACAGCGACUUGGUCGAUGGUCGAUACUCUCCUCCUCCUCAGUCAAACGGAAACUCGGGAGGGACCGGCACUACAAGCUCGAGCGGAUCCUACGGCAGUUCGUACAACCCAGCAGUUGUAAGAGUUAUGGCUGCUCCGGGUGUACCAAGACCUCAGGCAAAGGAAAAACCACCGAUAAAUGUUGUCGGUGAUGUCGGAGGGAGGAUCGCUAUAAUGGUUGAUGAUAUGAUCGAUGACGUGCAAGCAUUUGUGGCUGCGGCUGAGGUUUUAAAAGAAAGAGGUGCAUAUAAAAUUUAUGUUAUGGCAACACACGGCCUUCUGAGCUCUGAUGCUCCUAGAUUAAUCGAAGAUUCUCCUAUUGAUGAGGUGGUUGUCACCAAUACUAUUCCACAUGAACUUCAAAAAUUACAAUGUCAUAAAAUCAAGACAGUCGAUAUUAGUGUUUUAUUAUCUGAAGCAAUUCGGCGUAUACAUAAUAAAGAGUCAAUGUCUUAUCUUUUCAAAAAUGUAACUUUAGAAGACUAGUUUAAAAAUAAGUAACCAUACAUUGUAGGACACAAAAGUGUCAGGAAUUAAUGUUCCUGAGAUCUUUUAGUAAUUCAUUCACUUGAGUAACUGACUUAGUCAAAAUAAGAAGUACUAGUUUCUUCUGUUAUUAGAAUAAAAUCUUUUUUUCUUGGUGAAAAGUACCUAUUCGACAGUACCCAUACCAAUACCUGUAGUGGUUCUCUCUUGAAUAUUGUGAAAUAUUUAUUUUUUCCAUCAUAAAAUGUUUAAAAGAAAAAAAAUUUGUAAAGAUGUAUAUUUUUCAAUCGAUCAAAAACGUUUUUUAUUUUUUAAUAAACAUCUUCCACAUAUUGUAAUAUUAAAUUUUGCAUAAAUCAAUUUCUUAUGAUUGUUGUCAAAUAAAAGUUUUGUCAAUAAUCAAAUAAAACUAGAUAAACAAACAAUUCUUAUUUGUGUUCUAUGUUUUAUAUUUAUAUAUUGGUUUUAAGAUCAAAUUUAUCCUGAGAAAUACAGGCUAAAAUUAAAAUUAUCCAAUAUGUCUUUAGUUCAAUUGUAUUUAUAU